AUAAGCAAUACUAAUCUAAGGAAUACCACUCAAAGAGAUCAAAGAUUGUUGAUGUUGGAUCAUGGAAUAUUUAUCUUGACAAGAAUUUAUCUACAUGGUAAAAUAUGUAUCACAAGCACUAAGGGCUAUAGCUCAGUUGGUAGAGCAACUCGUUUACACGCGCGCCAAUGUUUUUCAAGGGAGUUCAUCAUACAAUCAUAAAAAUUGAUCUUGUUGAGAAAUCGAUGUCUUACUCCAUAACUUUGAGGGAACCAUAGCCUGACAAAAGGUAUUUGGACGCCCAUUUAGGAGGUGCCAAACAGACCCCAUCAUUGAUUUGAGAUCUUGAUAAGGUGAAUACCCAGUCUAUUCAAUGCUAGGCAUAAUGAGUAUAAGGACCUCAAAAAAAUCUCUUUUCGUCAUAUGAACUUUAAGGUGUAUGAAGUUUCAUAUUUGAUUUUUGAACGAUAGAGACUUCAUUUAACUUAGGUUGAUCUAGGCCAGAGACAGACCUACGUCAAGAUAAUCCCACCCUUGAAACACUUUGGUAAUGCUCCCAAAUAAUGAAUCAGAGCACAUGGAGCCAUUUCCUUAUCUUUUUUUCUGUCAAGAAAAAAAAUGGCAGACUAACUGAUAUUUAUGUCAGUUAAUGAAAGAGCCCAAUGCAAAAAAAAUGCAUGUUGGGUCUUUGAAACAGUUCAGAUCAUUUUAAUAAUAAUAAGUUUGAUCUGUUUUACCGAGAAGGUCUACGGUUCGAGUCCGUAUAGCCCUAUAAAAAUGUAAAAAUGAAGCAAAAAAAAUUGUAUAAUUUUCAUUUCUUCAUUAUUAUUUAUUGCUUGUAACUAAGUUAAAUCCAAUUAUUCCUAUAAGUUUAUUCACGGCAAUCGUUUAAGCAGAUGAAAGAAAAAACGCAUAUCAAUGGAUCCAAUCGAUAUUGAUUUUUUCAAUUGCAGAUAAACAAACCAACCUUUCGUCAUUAAUCUUCGGAGGCGAAUUACAUAUUCAUAUCCACAAUAAAAGAAUUAGUGAGACUCCCUUUCUUUUGAUAUCCCCAAUCUUAUUGAGUUUUGGAAGUCAAAUCAUUUCACGGGCCUGGUGAAAUGAAAAACUACGAAGAGGAAUUCACAUGGAUUUAGGAAGGGCCUGCUGUAUUUGUGUCCAAGCUAAAGUUUUUUGAAAAACGAAUAUCUUUGGUCACUUUCAUUGUCAAAUAGGCUUUUCUUUCGUAUACCUUACUUACCUCGACCUAGCGAAGCACAACACAAAAAGGGUAGUCUUCUUUUUCUGUAUUCAACCAAGAAAAACCCCUCCACCUGGAUUCGAAUCCUGAUACUAUUAUUAAAUAAUAAUAAAAUAAUAAUAAUAAUAAAAGGAAUAUACCAACACAAGAUCUUCUAAAUCUUGAGAUGGAAAUUCCUACACAUUCUCUUCUAUUUGAUUACUUGUUCUAUUCUAAAUCACUAAGAAAAAAUAAAAAGAAAAUGAAAAUAAAGACCUCCUGAUUCUAUUUAUAGAAAAAAAUAGAAAUCUUUAAAGAACUUCUAAUUAAAGAAGAAAUAAGAUAAGUAAUUAAUUUAGAAUUCCCCGUCUUUAGAGAAAAAAACAAGAGAAACAAGAGAAUUUGUAUAAGAGUAAUAUAUAGUUAGAAGGUUCUACUAACUAAAUAAAAUGGAAAUAAGUAUAAUGGAAAUAAAAUCGGAUUCCAGUCGAUGAAUCUUGCAAUGAGAUAUGCCCUACAAUAAACCAAUAAACAAAGCAAACUAGGCGGUUCGAUCAAAAUGAAUUCUUGUUUUGACUAAAUAGUUAUGGAUGACUUGACAAUUCCAAUUCGAAUCGACCAAUCGAAUCCGGUAUAUUUUCCACGUUCAUAGGAGUGCGUUUAUGUUUCUGCUUUACGAAUAUGAUUUUUUUUGGGCAUCUAAUAAUAUCCAUCCUUGUUCCUAUUUUGGCAUUUUUCAUUUCCGGGGUGUUAGCCCCGAUUAGCAAAGGGCCGGAGAAACUUUCUACUUAUGAGUCGGGUAUAGAACCAAUGGGCGAUGCUUGGUUACAAUUUCGAAUCCGUUAUUAUAUGUUUGCUCUAGUUUUUGUUGUUUUUGAUGUUGAAACGGUUUUUCUUUAUCCAUGGGCAAUGAGUUUCGACGUAUUGGGUGUAUCUGUAUUUAUAGAAGCUUUCAUUUUCGUGCUGAUCUUAAUUAUUGGUUUAGUUUAUGCAUGGCGAAAGGGGGCAUUGGAAUGGUCUUAGCUCCUGAAUAUUCAGACAAUAAAAAGAAAAACGGAAAAAAUAAGAUUGAGACAGUUAUGAAUUCCAUUCAGUUUCCUUUACUUGAUCGAACAGCCCAAAAUUCAGUUAUUUCAACUACAUUAAAUGAUCUUUCAAAUUGGUCAAGACUCUCUAGUUUAUGGCCGCUUCUCUAUGGUACCAGUUGUUGCUUCAUUGAAUUUGCUUCACUAAUAGGCUCACGCUUCGACUUUGAUCGUUAUGGACUAGUACCAAGAUCGAGUCCUAGACAAGCGGAUCUAAUUUUAACAGCCGGAACAGUAACAAUGAAAAUGGCCCCCUCUUUAGUGAGAUUAUAUGAGCAAAUGCCUGAACCAAAAUAUGUUAUUGCUAUGGGAGCCUGUACAAUUACAGGCGGGAUGUUCAGUACCGAUUCUUAUAGUACUGUUCGGGGAGUCGAUAAGCUAAUUCCUGUAGAUGUAUAUUUGCCAGGUUGCCCACCUAAACCGGAAGCGGUUAUAGAUGCUAUAACAAAACUUCGUAAGAAAAUAUCUCGAGAACUCUAUGAAGAUCGAAUUAGGUCUCAACGAGCGAAUCGGUGUUUUACUACCAAUCACAAGUUUCAUGUUCGACGCAGUAUUCAUACGGGAAAUUAUGAUCAAAGAGUUCUUUAUCAACCACCAUCUACUUCAGAGAUCCCUACGGAAAUCUUUUUCAAAUACAAAAAUUCAGUAUCUUCCCCCGAAUUAGUGAAUUAGACAGGAUUCCUUUGUCCAGAAUAAGAAGUGGUGGGUCAAUUUUCAUAAAUUUCAUCGUAAAUGUGAAAU